GGCUGCGGCGUCAGUCGCGCACACGUUGCAGCUUCUAGCUUUUGGCGUGGCGGGUGUGGAGCCGGCCUCGGGCGGGAGCACGGCUGCCGGUCGGCGAUGGCGACGCUCUGUCUGACAGUGAACGCGGGAGACCCUCCGCUGGGAGCUUUGCUGGCAGUGGAACAUGUGAAAGACAAUGUCAGCAUUUCCAUUGAAGAAGGGAAAGAGAAUAUUCUCCGUGUGUCAGAAAAUGUGGCGUUCACGGACAUCAAUUCUAUACUUCGCUACCUGGCCAGGGUGGCCACCUCCGCUGGGCUAUAUGGCUCCAACCAGCUGGAACACACUGAGAUUGAUCACUGGCUGGAGUUCAGUGCGACAAAAUUAUCUUCAUGUGAUUUGUUUCCUUCUGCACUCAACGAACUCAAUCUUGGCCUGUCUCUGAGAACCUACUUAGUAGGAAACACCUUGAGCUUAGCAGAUUUAUGUGUUUGGGCCACGCUGAAAGGAAGUGCUGCGUGGCAGGAGGAAUUGAGACAGAGCAAGGCCCCAGUGCACGUGAAGCGCUGGUUUGGCUUCCUGGAAGCCCAGCAACCCUUCCGGUCAGUCGGCGCCAAGUGGAACAUUUCCCCAGCUAGAGCCAAAGUGGCGCCCGAGAAGAAGCAAGAUGUUGGGAAGUUUAUUGAGCUCCCAGGUGCUGAGAUGGGGAAGGUUACUGUCCGCUUUCCUCCAGAAGCCAGUGGGUACUUACACAUCGGGCAUGCGAAGGCCGCACUUCUGAACCAACACUACCAGGUUAACUUCAAAGGGAAACUGAUCAUGAGAUUUGAUGACACAAAUCCCGAAAAAGAGAAGGAAGAUUUUGAGAAGGUUAUCUUGGAAGAUGUUGCUAUGUUGCAUAUCAAGCCAGACCAAUUCACCUAUACCUCAGAUCACUUUGAAACCAUCAUGAAAUAUGCAGAGAAGCUGAUUCAGGAAGGGAAGGCUUAUGUGGAUGAUACUCCGGCUGAGCAGAUGAAGGCUGAGCGCGAGCAGAGGGCAGAAUCUAAACACAGAGGAAACUCUGUUUCGAAGAAUCUGCAAAUGUGGGAAGAAAUGAAGAAGGGGAGCCCAUUUGGCCAGUCCUGUUGUUUGCGAGCAAAAAUCGACAUGAGCAGUAACAAUGGAUGCAUGAGGGACCCCACCCUAUAUCGCUGCAAAAUCCAGCCGCAUCCACGAACUGGAACGAAGUACAAUGUUUACCCGACGUACGAUUUUGCCUGUCCCAUAGUUGACAGCAUCGAGGGUGUGACACAUGCCCUGCGAACAACCGAGUACCAUGAUCGGGAUGAGCAGUUUUACUGGAUCAUUGAAGCCUUGGGGAUCAGGAAACCGUACAUCUGGGAAUACAGCCGGCUCAAUCUCAACAACACUGUGCUCUCCAAAAGAAAGCUCACGUGGUUUGUCGACGAGGGGCUCGUGGAUGGCUGGGAUGACCCUCGGUUUCCCACGGUGCGCGGUGUCCUGCGGAGAGGAAUGACGGUGGAGGGGCUGAAGCAGUUCAUCGCCGCCCAGGGCUCCUCACGGUCGGUUGUGAACAUGGAAUGGGACAAAAUUUGGGCAUUUAACAAAAAGCUGCGAGCGCUCUGUAAGAAGGUCAUCGACCCAGUGGCCCCCCGCUUUGUGGCCUUAUUGAAGAGGGAAGUGGUCCCGGUGAACAUCCCUGAGGCGCGGGAAGAGAUGAAGGAAGUGGCCAAGCACCCAAAGAAUCCUGACGUUGGCUUGAAGCCUGUGUGGUAUAGCCCUCGAGUCUUCAUCGAAGGAGCUGAUGCGGAUACGCUGUCAGAGGGAGAGAUGGUGACUUUCAUAAACUGGGGCAACAUCAACAUCACUAAAGUGCACAAGAGUGCAGAUGGGAAAAUUGUAUCUCUUGAUGCGAAAUUGAAUUUGGAGAACAAAGACUACAAGAAAACAACAAAGAUCACUUGGCUCGCAGAGAGCACUCGUGCACCCCCUGUGCCAGCUGUCUGCGUCACUUACGAGCACCUGAUCACAAAGCCUGUGCUCGGGAAGGACGAGGACUUCAAACAGUAUAUUAACAGGAACACGAAGCAUGAAGAGCUGAUGUUGGGCGACCCCUGCCUUAAAGAUCUCCGAAAGGGAGACAUCAUACAGCUGCAGAGACGGGGCUUCUUCAUCUGCGACCAGCCUUAUGAGCCCGUCAGUCCAUAUAGCUGCAAAGAAGCCCCGUGUGUCUUGAUAUAUAUUCCGGACGGACAUACGAAGGAGAUGCCAACAGCUGGGUCAAAGGAAAAGACCAAAGUGGAAGCCUCGAAAACUGAGACAGCUGCUGCCGUGAGUGCUCCCCGUGCUGCAGUGGAGGACCCCGUGGUUCUGUACAACCGAGUGGCCGCUCAGGGGGAUGCCGUGCGCGAGUUAAAGGCCAGGAAAGCCACCAAGGAAGAGGUCGACACAGCUGUCAGGCAGCUUCUGGCUUUGAAAGCAGAGUAUAAGGAGAAAACGGGCCAGGAGUACAAGCCGGGCUGCCCUCCCGCCGCCGCGCCUCUGAAGGCCACUGCCCAGGCCGCGCCCAGCGCUCUGUCUGCUCAGGCUCUGUAUGAGGCGGUCGCGGCCCAAGGGGAGGCUGUUCGGAAGCUGAAGGCUGAGAAAGCCCCCAAGGCUAAGAUCAGUGAGGCAGUGGAGUGCUUGCUGUCCCUGAAAGCGCAGUAUAAGGAGAAAACUGGGAAGGAGUAUGUUCCUCCUGCACAGCCCUCGCCGCCGAGCUCAGGCCCAGGCCCGGCCCACACCUCUCAGCCCAGUGCUCCAGAAACUCCGGAAGCCAAAGCGCUUUUCAACAAAGUGGCUUCUCAGGGGGACGUGGUCAGAAAGCUUAAGGCGGAGAAGGCCUCUAAGGACCAGGUCGACGGGGCCGUGCAGGAGCUCCUGCAACUGAAGGCGCAGUACAAGGCCCUGACGGGAGUGGAGUACAAGCCGGUCUCAGCUACGGGGGCUGAGGACAAGGACAAGAAGAAGAAAGAGAAAGAAAAUAAGUCGGAGAAGCAGAAUAAGCCUCAGAAGCAGAACGAUGGCCUGAAGAAGGAGCCCUCUAAGAGCCCGGGGAGUGGCCUCCCAUCCGGUGGGGCCGGAGAGGGCCAGGGGCCUAAAAAGCAGACCAGGCUGGGGCUGGAGGCGAAGAAAGAAGAGAAUCUUGCAGAUUGGUAUUCUCAGGUAAUCACAAAGGCAGAAAUGAUUGAGUACUAUGAUGUCAGCGGCUGCUACAUCCUUCGGCCCUGGGCCUAUUCCAUUUGGGAAGCCAUCAAGGACUUUUUUGACUCUGAGAUAAAGAAGCUGGGUGUCGAGAACUGCUACUUCCCAAUGUUCGUGUCUCAGAGCGCGCUGGAGACAGAGAAGACACACGUAGCUGACUUUGCCCCAGAGGUUGCAUGGGUUACGAGAUCUGGCAAAACAGAGUUGGCAGAGCCAAUUGCUGUCCGCCCGACGAGUGAGACAGUGAUGUAUCCUGCCUAUGCCAAGUGGGUGCAGUCGCACCGGGACCUGCCCAUCCGGCUCAACCAGUGGUGCAACGUGGUGCGCUGGGAGUUCAAGCACCCUCAGCCUUUCCUGCGCACGCGCGAGUUCCUGUGGCAGGAGGGUCACAGUGCGUUUGCCACAUUUGAGGAAGCUGCGGAGGAGGUCUUGCAGAUCCUCGACCUGUACGCACAGGUGUAUGAAGACCUCCUGGCUAUUCCUGUCGUCAAAGGGAAGAAGACGGAGAAGGAGAAGUUUGCAGGUGGGGACUACACCACCACCGUGGAGGCCUUCAUUUCGGCGAGCGGCAGAGCCAUCCAGGGGGCCACGUCCCAUCAUUUGGGACAGAACUUUUCCAAAAUGUUUGAAAUCAUUUUUGAAGACCCAAAGAUGCCAGGAGAAAAGCAGUUUGCCUACCAGAACUCCUGGGGCCUGACAACACGCACGAUAGGCGUCAUGACCAUGGUUCAUGGGGACAACAUGGGUUUAGUCUUGCCGCCCCGGGUGGCCUGCGUCCAGGUGGUGGUUAUUCCUUGUGGCAUCACAAAUGCACUUUCUGAAGAAGACAGAGAAGCUCUGAUUGCAAAAUGCAAUGACUAUCGGCGGCGAUUACUGGGUGCGAACAUUCGAGUUCGAGUUGAUUUGAGAGAUAACUACUCUCCAGGGUGGAAGUUCAACCACUGGGAGCUCAAGGGCGUUCCCAUUAGGCUGGAAGUGGGGCCCCGAGACAUGAAGAGCUGUCAGUUCGUGGCAGUUCGGCGAGAUACGGGAGAGAAGCUGACGGUUGCUGAAGCGGAGGCAGAGACAAGGCUGCGUGCUCUUCUGGACGACAUCCACGCCAGCCUCUUUGCCAGGGCUUCUGAAGACCUCAGGACCCACAUGGUUGUCUCGGAUACAAUGGAAGACUUCCAGAAGGCACUCGACUCGGGAAAGAUCGUGCAGAUUCCGUUCUGCGGGGAAAUUGACUGUGAGGACUGGAUCAAGAAGACCACGGCAAGGGAUCAGGAUCUGGAGCCCGGGGCUCCGUCUAUGGGGGCAAAAAGCCUUUGCAUCCCCUUCCAACCCCUUAGGCAGCUGCAGCCCGGAACUCGGUGCAUCUGCGGCAAGAACCCUGCCAAGUACUACACCUUGUUUGGCCGGAGCUACUAGGGAGCUCCCCACCGGCACGCUUCCUGAACAGUGGCCCACCGCCUCCCAGAUGGAGACCAUCUGACAAUUUUUUACAAAUAGAAGUUCUAAAAGGAAGUUGCAUGGGAUGGGCACCUGUUCUUAUGCUUAAU